GGAGACGGGCUGCUAAGUAGCGCAGCAGCAGUGACCCGAGAGGGCGGCGGGCCCGUGACGGGUGUGGGCUCCCUGCCCGGCGCCGGUAGGUCGCGCUCCGGUCGCGGGCGCGGCGCCACUUGGGCGGGCGGGCGGCGCGCGGGGGGCGCGGUGGCGGGGUGGCGGGGCUCGCCGCGCCGCGCGGCGAGUGCGAAGGUAAAUACGUCUUAUCCAAGAAACCGGAUUGAAAGGAAGAGAUACUGUAAAGAACCGACAAUACCUUUGUCGCACACAGUGCCAGCCCUCCUAAUCCAACUGAGAGAGGUGAUUCCACACGUGAAGAUGGAACGCAAGCUCAGCAAGAUCGAGACUCUCACACUGGCCAAAAACUACAUAAUGGCGCUCACCAACGUCAUCUGCGAAAUGAGAGGAGAAGAGAAGCCUUACACUCGUUAUAUAGAGAGAUUAGGAGAAAAAUAUAGCAUUAUUUAUUCUAAAAGAAUAUUUGGAUAUUGUUGA